AUGGCCAGAACUAAGCAAACAGCCCGUAAAUCUACCGGUGGUAAGGCCCCACGCAAGCAACUCGCCACCAAGGCAGCAAGAAAGACAGCCGCCCCACAAGCCGCUGGUGGUGUCAAGAAGCCACACCGUUACCGUCCAGGUACUGUCGCUCUUAGAGAAAUCCGUCGUUACCAAAAAUCCACCGAACUCCUCAUCCGUAAACUCCCAUUCCAACGUCUUGUUAGAGAAAUUGCUCAAGAUUUCAAGACCGACUUGCGUUUUCAAUCUUCGGCUGUUAUGGCCCUCCAGGAAGCCAGUGAAGCUUACCUUGUCUCGCUUUUCGCAGACACAAACCUCCAUCCACGCAAAGAGAGUUACCAUCCAACCAAAAGACAUCCAACUUGCCCGUAG